AUGGCUACUAGCCCGCAGUUCCCCACGCUUGUGCAGCUGGAGCAGCGAGAGGGCGCGUUCUUCGAAGUGCAUGGCAACCUCACCAAGAAGCCCGACUGGUUUCUCUCUGACUACUUGAAGAGUCCGAAGGCAGUUCACCUGGAGGGGUGGAUGGUGGAGGCGAUCUUCGGCCGGGGUGGAAAGCACAUCCCUCAUGUCGAGUGUACGUCCCAGACCCUCCUCCACGUGAACCGGUGGGAUCCCGCGGGCAAGGCUGAAAUCCUGAUAUUCGGUCGUCCUCACUACCAGCUGGACGUGUCCAAGAUGAUCUGGAACUUGGCUGACUAUCACCGCCAACUCCGGGCUCUAAGGUCCCAAAAGACGCUUGUCCAAGAGACCGGGACCAGGCGCUCCCCCGACCGCUUCCGCGAGGCCGGGACCCAGCGCUCCCCCGACGCGCUCCGGGAGGCUGCGACCCAGCGCUCUCGCGACUCACUCCGCGAAGCAGCGACCCAGUGCUCCCCCGACGGGCUCCGGGAGGCGGCGAUCCAGCGGUCCCCCGAGGAGCUCCGCGAAGCGGCGACCCAGUGCUCCCCCGACGCGCUGCGGGAGGCCGGGACCCAGCGCUCCCCCUACUCGCUCCGGGAGGCCGGCACCCAGCGCUCCCCCUACUCGCUCCGGGAGGCCGGCACCCAGCGCUCCCCCUACUCGCUCCGGGAGGCCGGCACCCAGCGCUCCCCCUACUCGCUCCGGGAGGCCGGGACCCAGCGCUCCCCCGACGCGCCCCGGGAGGCGGAGAUCCAGCGCUCCCCCGACGCGCCCCGGGAGGCCGGGACCCAGCGCUCCCCCUACUCGCUCCGGGAGGCGGCGAUCCAGCGCUCCCCCUACUCGCUCCGGGAGGCGGCGAUCCAGCGUUCUCCCGACGCGCUCCGGGAGCGAGUGAUCUAG